GGGCUAUAGAGAAGUUCCAAGUGUAUUGACGGAUGAAACGCUUUGAUCUCUUCGAUGCAGGCAAAGACUCGACGCAGUCAAGUGGCGACUGCGUCGGCCCAUAAAUGCGGCGUGCUCCGCUGCGACGACGCUUCGACGACACGAUCGAACUCGGAGCGAGAAGUCACGAGCGGUUCCUCCUCCUCCUCUGCCCUGGCGAUCAUCUUCUCCGCCGCCUUAAUUCGACCUCCAAACGCCGGUUCUUUCGCGUCCGAUUUUUGCACGAGUUCCUGCGGUUAUUUCCGCGAAUGCCUUGCGGGUGCGUUCUUGGACCUUUGCUGGCUUGGUAACAGGUAAAAAAAAGGGAGUUUUUUUUCGCUUUGGGAGAAGACUAAGCGGCGUGGGGAGAGAGAGGAGAACAUGCCCAGUCGCCCACCUUCCAAACGGCUAUAAUUAGUGGUUUGUGGUGUUGCUCACUGGAGUUAAUAUUAUUAGAGAGAGAGAGAGAAGAAAAGGAAUAUCCUGCGCGGAGAGGAGGGAGGUGCUGCCGGCGAUCGAACUGAUCGGCACUCUAUAAGCAGCUGCGUGGUCCAAUCUAUUCAAGAAACAUCUUGGAGGAGGCGAAAAGGCGGAUCUUUCCGGGGGGGAAAUUUGCUCUCCUUGCUGAACUGUGCUUUCUUCAGUAUGCCGGAGGUCGGCUGUCCUUAUUGCUCCAAGAAGACGGAUGAUAUUUGCGGGAGCGUCUGCGGCGGGGCUUCGAAAGCAGCUCUGAGCAUGUCGCGGCUCCGGUGCGCCCUCCGGGGCUUUGAUCUCAAGGCAUUGUUGCUUCUCUUCGUCGGUGUUCCCAUUCUCUUGUUCAUCAUCUACGCCCAUGGCCAAAAGAUCACCUACUUCCUCCGCCCGCUUUGGGAGGCCCCUCCGAAACCCUUCAAGAUGAUGCCCCAUUACCACCACGAGAAUGCCUCCAUGGAGAGCCUCUGCAAGCUCCACGGUUGGGGCGUCCGGGAAAUGCCGAGGCGUGUCUUCGAUGCUGUCUUGUUCAGUAACGAACUCGACAUCCUUGAAAUCCGGUGGAACGAGCUCAGCCCCUACGUGUCGGAGUUCAUUCUCCUCGAGUCCAAUUCGACGUUCACCGGCCUGAUGAAGCCCCUUGUUUUCGCAAAGAAUCGACGCCGCUUCAAGUUCGCAGAGUCGCGGUUGACCUAUGGAACCGUCAGCGGCCGAUUUGUGAAAGGAGAAAAUCCUUUUGUGGAAGAGUCUUACCAGAGAGUUGCAUUGGAUCAGCUCAUCAGGAUCGCCGGCAUCAGUGAUGACGACCUUCUCAUCAUGUCUGAUGUCGACGAGAUUCCUAGUGGUCAUACGAUCAACCUACUCAGGUGGUGCAAUGAGAUCCCUGAGAAGCUUCAUCUCCAGCUCCGUAACUACCUUUACUCUUUCGAGUUCCACCUCGACGACGACAGUUGGAGAGCUUCAAUUCAUCGUUACAAAUCCGGGAAGACCAGAUAUGCCCAUUUCCGGCAAUCAGACGACUUGUUAGCUGAUUCAGGAUGGCACUGCAGCUUCUGCUUCCGGCACAUUAGUGAAUUCACCUUCAAAAUGAAGGCAUACAGCCAUGUUGAUCGCAUUAGAUUCGCAUAUUACUUGAAUCCUGCAAGAAUUCAAGAUGUCAUAUGCCACGGAGCAGAUCUUUUUGACAUGCUUCCUGAGGAGUAUACGUUCCAGAAGAUGAUUGCCAAAUUGGGCCCAAUUCCUAGUUCAUACUCUGCCAUUGAUCUUCCCGGUUAUCUAAUUCGAAAUGCCGAGAAAUUCAGCUUCCUCCUUCCGGGAAACUGCAAAAGACAGCAGCGUGGCUAAGCGAGAAUUCGGGGCGGCAUUUGCAUUUGGUGAGUUGUUGCAGAAAAGCAAGCACCGUCCAGAAACACUCGGAGAUUUCGGUGUUGACUGAAUGAGUUCAGUCUAUUGUAACUAAGCAUGGAGAUUGUAUGUGAUCUGAAGCCUCAUUUUUGUAGGAUCAAAAUGAGUGACAUUAAUUCUGGAGAUUCAUUUCAGUUGGAAUCCAUUAUUUCAUGCAUUAUUCUUCUGUUCAACUGACCUUUAAACACUGAUUUGUAACAUACUGUUUGGUUGGAAUUUGAUGCUGGUUUUCUCCUGCA